UGUUCUGGGUCUUCUUAUCUUUUUGUUAAUUUUAUCUGGCGAUGAAAUGCACAAGGGCUUGUGAUUGAGUUUGAUUAUUGGUGUUAUUCAUGAUGAGCUGUGGUUUAGGAUAGAAUGAAAAAUAUUUUUUGAGUGAUGUAUGUUUUGCAUUUCAUUUUCAAUUAUUAUUAUAACUCCUGUUUUGAAACUCUAUUGAUAUACGGUAGGAUGGUUUUGGUUCUUAUAGAAGUUCAAACUGUGGUUUCUUGUGUCAUGAACGAUUGGUUUCAAGCGAAGUCUUUGUGAUUUCUCCAAGGGAUUGUUAGUUUUGGUUUUGGGUGGUAUUUGGUCAUCAAGUGCAUGAUGGGUUAUCUUGUUGAUUUUUGAAUGCAUAAAUAUUCUGAAAUUAAGAGUUUGUUGGAUAUAAAAUAUGCAGCUACUUGAGAAGUGGCGAUCACAUCCAAAUUAAAAAUACAGUCGGGAGUGAAAAAAAUGGAAACGGGGAAUUUGAAGUUUAUUUGGAGAACAUCUCCAUAUUAAGUGUUUGUUUUGACGCAGGAACUCUUACUAAGGAAAUUUGAGCUUCUAUCUGGGCUCGCCAACACUUGUAGUAGCUUGGAAACUCUCUUGCUUGUCUGCUCUCCUUCUCCUUCCACUCACAGAUGGAAUCAUCCUGUGUUUUCUUCACUCGAUCAUCUGUCACUCACCCACCUCACCGCCCUAACUUUACAUUUCACAAGAAUGGUCGUGAUGAUCUCAGUCAAUUUACUAUGCCUUGUCCACCACUACUGCUGGUAGGAGGGUGAAUUGAAAUCUGUCAUGCUAUGCCUUCCAUUUCUGAACUAGUGAUGUCUGAAUGGUGAAGCAUGCUUAGCAAAGACAUCUCAGACCUGAAACUUUUGGAUUUUAAACUCUUAAAUGCCAACAUCUUCAUUUAGUUCAUCAUGCAACGCUUCCACAAUCUACAUCAUUGUGUGCAUCAGCCCAUCAAGUAUCUUGCAGGGUUUGCUUUUGUUUAUUUUGAGGAUGACCGUGAUGCUGCAGAUGCUGUACGUGGACUUGACAAUAUGCCUUUUGGUUAUGACAGGCGAAGGCUUUCAGUGGAGUGGGCUCGGGGUGAACGUGGUCGGCACCGAGAUGGGCCGAGGUCGACAGCAAACCAGAGGCCAACUAAAACCUUGUUUGUUAUUAAUUUCGAUCCAAUUCAUACCAGGGUUGAAGACAUAAAAAGACACUUUGAGCGUUAUGGAGAGGUGCUGCAUGUCCGAAUUCGACGGAACUUUGCAUUUGUGCAGUUUGAGACACAAGAAGACGCCACCAAAGCUCUCGAGUGCACACACAUGACCAGGAUAUUGGACAGGGUGGUUUCUGUUGAGUAUGCUUUGAGGGAUGAGAGUGAGAGGGGUGACAGAUAUGAUAGUCCCAGAAGAGGAAGUUAUAAUGGAAGAUCACCAAGUCCAGUUUAUCGCAGACGGCCAAGUCCUGAUUAUGUUCGAGCUCGCAGCCCUGUUUAUGAUAAGUAUAAUGGUCCAGUACAUGACAGGCGCCGAAGUCCUGAUUAUGGUAGGAACAGAAGCCCUGAGUAUGGCAGAUACCGAAGUCCUUCUCCAAUUCGAAGAUCGAGAACAUGAGGAGUCAGAGGAAGCGUCCUGCUUGGUUCUGGGUGCCGUUUCCCUGUGUAAUUGCAGUAGAUCUACUGUGUAGAUAAGGCAUUUUGGCAUUGCAUGUAGUUUCCUCGUUAAAUUUUAAUCUCAUAGAUGAUAAAUUUCUGUCAAACCGUCUCGAAAUCUUUGCCGAUGCCUUCAAAGUUGUUAUUUUUAUUAUGCGGUUGAGAAGUCGGAUUUUCAAUUUAA